AUGAAUGAUACUUUGAAUCCACUACAAUCUAAUAGUUCAAUACCCAUAAAUAGUCAGAAUAAUAACGUACAGGAGAAACAAGCGCUUGAUCAUGAUUUAAAAUUGUCAAUUAAUAGCACAAAUGAUGAUUUAAUUACUGUUGCACCUCAUUCGCCACCAUCUUCAAAUAUAGUUAAAAAAGAUCAAAAACCUUCAUUUACUUAUGAUUUAGAAAUUUUUAAUCUAUGUAAAGAAUAUUUAAGUACAAAAAAUCACCAUGGAUUAUCUUUAAUAUCACGACAAAAAGGUAUUCCACCAUUUUUAAGAUUUAAAGUAUGGCCGAUACUAUUGAAAUAUCAUCCAUUUGUAUUAAAUCCAUUUAUACAACCAGAUAAUGAUAUAAUUAAUGAUACAGGAAAAGAAUUAAGAGAUUCGGGUUCAAAUUAUAGCUCAAGUUCAGAAUCAACUACAAAUACAACUACAAGUGAUAUAGAAGAUCAAAUACGAUAUAAGAUCAAAAAAGAUUUACAUAAAUAUAUUCAAAGGUUGAAAUUGUAUUCUCAAUCAAGUCAAAAAUCAUCUCAUCAUUCAUUAAAUGAUAUUGAAAAUGAAAUUUUAUCUAUUUUGGAAACUUCAAUUUUAAAGUUUACAAUUAAAUGGGGGAAAAUAAUUAAAUAUGAUCAGAGUUUGACAUGGAUAGCUUUAAAUUUGGCGGAAUGGUUUCCACCAAUUCCAAAAACUCCAUGGGUUUUAAGGGGAAGAGAUUCUUUAAAGAGGCAAUAUGAAAAUGAUGAAUCUGAAUCAAAUUCAAACUCUUUUAUUGUUGAUUUAUUGGAUGACUAUUCUAAUUACAUCGACAAUAUCAAAGAUUUAAAACAAUAUCUUGAAGAUUUAAUUUAUAAGGAUGAAAAAAUUUCAAGUAUGUCAUUCCACGACAUGUUUGAACGUUUAGUUUUAGUCCUUUUACAUUGUGGAGAACCACAUAAAUCAAAAAAUAAAGAUAAAAGUCUUGAUUUAAAGUUCAAUUCGGAAAAUACUAAAUCGAAUUUAUUUUCAAAAUUACCUGUUACUGGUGGUUCAAUAGAAGAUAGGGUUUCCUUUUUCAUUUACUGUUUAAGAAAACUUUUACCUGAACUUUCAAAUCAUUUUAAUGAAGAACAAAUUUUGACUAAAUUUGGUUGUUUAGAUGAUGAAUGGUUGAUUUGGUGGUUGAAAUUCUGUGGUACAAAAGUAUGGUCAAAAUAUGAUCGAGGUAGAAUUUGGGAUUACUUGUUAGGUUGGAGAUUGAAAAAUCCUAAAAGGUCAUUUAGUUAUUAUUAUGAAAAAUUGAAUUAUUUAAACAGAAACACGUUGGAUAAAUUAGGUCCUGAUAUUUUUUGGUCUGUGUCAGAAGAAAAGGAUAAGAAUUCUAACGAUAACUCGGAAAUUAAAAAGAAUUCAUCUUUCAAGGAUUUAAUUAAUGAUUUGAAUAAUGCCGAAUUGGAUAAGGAAAAUCAAUUUGAUCAAGAGGCUUUGCUCACUAUUCCAUUUUGUAAAGUUGAUCCUCAUGUUUCAUUAAUUUUUAUAAGUUUAUCAUUAUUAAAAUCUAAAGAGAACAUACUAGUAGAAUUGGAUCAACAUGAAAUUAGACAAUUUUUAUCAAGACUUCCUUCAAAAUCAUAUAAAUAUAAACAAAAACACAAUCAAAAGCAAAAUCAGACUCCUAAUUCAACUUCCGCAUCACCCAUGUCUUUAUCUCCAAUUAGUGAUGGAGAGAUGAAAAUUUGCAAACCGAUUAAUAAUAUAAUAAUUUCAAAUGAUGAUCAGAAGGAUAACAAGCAUAAGAUUAAUUUUAUUGAUAAUAUAAUAUUAGAAUCAGGUGAAUUAUGGAGGAAAUGGUUGUAUUCAGAAUGGAUGGAUGAUAAUUGA